AGUAUUUGCGACAGAAAUUACGGGCGAUCGUAGGGGCACCAGAAUAUCGGAAACUGCUGUCACCAGCAUGGCUGAAGGCACCGGAGGCAGGGGUGAUCCAUUGACUUCAACAAAGAGCAAAGCAAAGAAACGUACCUUGAUACGGAAUAUUUUCAAAUGGUUUAUGCCAGUGGAAUCGACAACGGAAAACGAUCAGGAUGGGGUACCGACAACAGCAGAGCAAGGUGCGAUCGAGGACGGUGUCCUUCUGGAAAACGAUCCGGCGGUGCAAAGCCAGCCCGGAAGUUAUGCGGUGGCGGACGAUGGUGCUGCGCAGAGAACCGAUCCUAGCGAAGAGCCGUUAUCAUCUACGGGCUCGUUAAACAAGUAUUCAAGUUUACAACGGGGAACUGCUCCAGUGUCGGCAUUCCCAGACCUCCUAUCACAGUGGAGCGAAGAGCAAUUAUUUCAGGUAACAAAAUUCUACAACGCGAGACUGAAACAGGCGAUUGAAGAAGGAGUUGAAGGUCUCAGUUGGGAGCUAAGAUACCAGGAGCAUUUCACUGGAGGAGAACAUGAGAGUAUCAAAGUGCUCGCGCAGAAUGGAAACCGCAUGGAGAGCUCAUCACGGUUUCUCACUCUGGUGGCAGGGAAAGGCUCUCGGGCCCGAAGGGCGAUGUGGGAAUCUUUUGUUCGAAAGCGGACAGAUUUACCAAAGUUGGACAAAAUCCUGAAGGACAUCCAAGAGCUAGGUUCCGAUCUUCGUCGAUACAUGGAUGUCUCCCGAAGCAUACAUGAAUUAUCCAGUGAACUGGAAGAUGUUGAACAGACGCACAAAGAGGCGAUUCGGACACACACUGAAACACUGAGAGUGAAGACGAUUCUAGUAAAGGAGAAGGAGAAGGUUUUCCAGCUGGUUGAUAUAUACGCUGAGCUCACGGUCAUUUCCACUGUUCGAGAUCGGAGACUGGUGGAACAUGAGCUGCUGGCAAGAGGACGGGACCACGCCGAGGGGAGGGAGAAAUAUCUGCGAGAAGAACUCGAAAGAAUUCAGACUGAUGAGUUCUUCCAGAGGUGUUUUUCCAGGCGUAAACCUAUGCCUGGAUGUUCAACGGCAGUUGUUGGAAUCGCGGGGAUCGGGAAAACAACAAUGGUACAAAAGAUUCUUCACGGCUGGGCCACGGGGAAAAUAUACCAACAAUUCCAGUUUGUUUUCAGUUUCAAAUUCCAAGAGUUAAACUCCAUUAACGGUAGAAUAAACCUGAAGCAAUUGAUUUUGGAUCAGUAUCCUUACCUUGGGAAUAUCCUAGGAGAGAUCUGGAAAAACCCAGAGGGAUUGCUGUUUAUAUUCGACGGUUUGGAUGAAUACAAGUACAAAAUCGAUUUUGCUGACAGUCGGAGAGAUACACAACCUCAGUGCCCAGAUCCCGAGUGGUGGUGUGAUGUGUCUGACAUUGUGUACAAUUUAAUCCAGCACAAAUUGCUUCCAGGGUGUUCAGUGCUGGUGACCACCCGUCCCACUGCAUUGCGUGCAUUGGAAGAGGCAGACUUCAGUGUUUGGACUGAAAUAAUGGGAUUUUCUGCUGAAGACGGGAAAGAAUAUUUCAAUAAGUUUUUCGAAGAUCGGACAGUGGCAGCAGCUGUUUUGAAACACGUACAGGAGAACGAGGCCCUGUCCAUCAUGAGUUACAACCCCUCCUACUGCUGGAUCCUCGCUCUGGCACUGGGCCCUUUCUUCACACAAAGAGUCAGCGACCCGCAGCGGGUUCCCAAGACUUUCACCCAACUAUAUGCCUACUAUAUUUACAACAUCCUGAAAAACCACGGCCGAGAGACUGAGAGCCCCCGUGAUGUGUUACUCAGGGCUGGUCAGAUGGCCUUCAGAGGAGUGUCUCAGAAGAAGAUUCUGUUUUCGGAUGAAGAUUUAAUGAAGAACAGAAUGCAGCCUUCCCAGUUCCUCUCCAGUUUCCUGAUGGAACUUUUUGAGAUAAACCAUUCUGCCCGGCGGGUGGUGUACACUUUCCCACACAUCAGUAUACAGGAGUUUGUAGCCGCCCUCGCACAAUACCUGAAUCCACAUCCGGGGGAUAUCCUGAGUAUCCUCACAGAAGUCCACAACACGACCGAUGAGCGAUUUGAGGUAUUUCUCCGUUUUGUUGCUGGUCUCUCAUUCCCAGGAUCAACCUGGGGCCUGGACGAGUUUCUGGGUCCACUUUCUCAUCAAACCACCAGCCGAGUGAUCGAUUGGCUGAUGUCGAACGUUGGCCGUGAAACUGGAAAAGGAGGGGUUAAAUCUGGAAAGAAGAGACUCCUGAACACGUUUUACUGCUUAUUGGAGUCCAAUAAUACUGGACUGGCUCAGGCCGUACUGGGGUCUUUGGAACGACUUUCAUUCCGUGGAUUGGAAAUGACCCCGAUUGACUGUGCAGUCUUGAACCAUGCUUUUCGGUUCAAUGAUACAAUAAAACACCUCGAUUUGCAGGACUGUCGCAUUCACUGCGAAGCAUUGCGGCGGCUGGAACCCGGGCUGCACAAGUGCCAGGAGCUGAGACUUGGGAGCAAUCGGCUGGGUGAUUCGGGAGUGAAAUUACUGUCUUCAGUUUUGAAGAACCCGGAGUGUAAGAUACAGAAGUUGUGGCUGGAUUCCAACGGUCUGACGGCUGCUUGUGCUGAGGACCUCGCCUCCGCUCUGAGUGAAAACAGCUCACUGACUGAAUUAGACAUGAGCACAAAUGAACUGAGAGAUGCGGGUGUGACCAAGCUAUCGGAGGCUCUGAAGAAUCCGGAUUGUAAAAUACAGAGAUUGGAUUUGUUGGAUGCUUGUCUCACCGAUUCUUGCACCGAGAAUCUCGCCUCCGCUCUCAAAACCAACCGCUCAUUGACGGGGCUAAGCCUGGAAAUGAACUUGUUCACAGACCAUUCUGUCCCUGCUCUACAAUACCUCAUAAACAACCUCCCGAGUCUGGAAUGGGUCCAGCUGGAGCGGAAUCCCUUCUCUUUUGAUGCAAAGAGUCGCUUAAGGUCUUUGGAGGACUCCAGAUCCAAACUGAAGAUUGGAUUAAACGUGAAUGAUCGAAACUGUCGGCUGUCCGUACUUCGAGAAUGUCUUCCGGUGGGAGAUCCGCGAAUCAAACCCAUCCGGACUGAAACAGCCAACGGGAUAUUUGGGCGCCAGUGUGCGAAUUCGUGGAAGGCUCGACAUAUUGCUCCGAUCACUGGACGCUUGUCGUCCAGGAUCCGGAAGCUGCGAUCGGCUGCCACCAGCAUGGCUGAGAAUGGAAACAGGGAAGGGAAUCCCGUGACCAUAACGACAACCGAGGACGUGGGUUCGAGCUCCGCGAUCAGUGAGUCCGUGGAUGAUUUCAAACUUCUCCAGUUAACCAUCUUCUACCGGGACAGGCUGGCAGAGUGCUUGGAAGGAGCGGUGCACGACGUCAUCUUGGCAUUAACGAACGAGACGGAGUUCAGUGGGCGGGAAAUUCAGGCAAUCACCGAGCUCGCCGACAAGGGAGAGCGGGCGCACAGUUCCAAACUCUUGCUGAACCUGGUGACGGAGAAAGGCUGCCGGGCCCGGAGGGCGAUGUGGGAUACAUUCCUGAAAAUGCGGACUGGAGUUCCGAAUCUGGACGAGAUUCUUAAGGAGAUUCAGCAACCUGGUUUUGUUCCGAGUCAUGACCUCCAGCUCGCUCGAGGUUUCUCCGAAAUUUCCAGUGAUUUGACAUUUGGAGAUGUUCAACGCAAACACAGAGAGGCUCUGCGAGCAGAAGGUGAAGCACUGACAGUGAACGUGUUCCCGUUGAGGGAGACGCAGAAGUUUUCCCAGCUGGACGAUCGGCACGCCGAGCUCACGGUCAUUGCUGCUGUCGGAGACCGGAGGCUUGCGGAGCAUGAGCUGCUGGCAAAAGGCCGGGAGCAUGAGGUGUGGAGGGAGAAGCAUCUGCGUGGUGAGCUGGGGAAAAUGCGGACGGAUCAAUUGUUGCAGAAUGUCUUCUCCCGGAGUAAAUCCAAAUCAGGGAGUUCGGCAGCAGUGACCGGGGUCGCGGGGAUCGGGAAGACAACAAUGGUGCAAAGGAUUGUUCACGACUGGGCCACGGGGAAAGUAGGUCAACAAUUCCAAUUUGUCUUCUAUUUCAAAUUCCUGCAUUUGAACACCAUUAACUGUCGAAUAAACCUCAGGGAACUGAUUUUAUAUCAGCAUCCUUAUAUCAGGAAUAUCCUGGGAGAGAUCUGGAAGAACCCAGAGGGAUUGCUGUUUAUAUUUGAUGGUUUAGAUGAAUUCCAGGACAUAACAUAUUUUGCUAACAGCGCGACAGGCGCAGGAACUCAGGGUCGGUGCACUGAUCCCGAAAUGCGUUGCAAAGUAUCCGACAUUGUCUACAGUUUAGUCCAGCACAAGCUGCUCCCAGGAUGUUCAGUGCUGGUGACCACCCGUCCCACUACGUUACAUUUCUUGGAAAAGAUGGAUAUUUGUGCCUGGGCUGAAAUCAUAGGAACUGUUGGUGAGGAAUGGAAGGAAUAUUUCUACCGUGUAUUUGAAGAUAAGAUGACGGCAGCAUCAAUUUUCAAACACGUGGAAGGGAACGAGAUACUGUACACCAUGACCCACAACCCCUCUUACUGCGGAAUCCUUGCCGAAGCUCUGGGUCCCCUUUUCACGCAAGGAGACAGGGACCCACAGCGAGUUCCCAAGACCAUCACCCAGCUAUAUUCCCACUAUAUUUACAACAUCCUGAAAAACCACAAGUGUGAGACUGAAAAUCUCCGGGAUGUCUUGCUGAGAGUUGGUCGGAUGGCCUUCGCAGGCGUGUCCGAGAGGAAGAUAAUGUUUACGGAUGGAGACUUGAUCGAGUACGAUCUGCAGCCGUUUCAAUUCCCGUCCAGGUUCCCGACGGAACUCUUGGGGAUACGGGAGUCUGCCCACAGCGCGACGUACGCAUUCCCUCACCUCACCAUCCAGGAAUUUGUGGCAGCCCUCGCGCAAUUCCUGACCUCAUGCCGCUCGGACAUCGGGAAUCUCCUCACGGAAUCCCAUUGCGCCACGGACGGGCGAUUUGACUUAUUUCUCCGGUUCUGUGCCGGGCUUACGUCGCCAGAGACGGCUUGCACCUUCGAAGAAUUUCUGGGUCCUUUUCCUGAUGAAACAGCCCGGCAAGUGAUUGACUGGGUGAGAGAGGCGCAUGAAAGUCAGCUUGGCAGCGCAGUGUGUCACAGUGGUAAAAGGCGGCUCCUGAACAUAUUACACUGCCUGUUCGAAGCCCAGAAUCGCGGGCUGGCUGACGCCACGCUGGGAUCGGCGGAAGCACUCUCGUUCAGUGGACUGCGACUGACCGCCAUUGACAGCGCGGUCCUGGCUCACGUCAUCGGGCUUUGUGAUGCAGUAAAUCAUCUCGAUCUCACGGGCUGCUUCAUGCAGGAUGAAAAACUACAAAGACUGGGACCCGUUCUGCACAAAUGCAGCGGACUGGGACUGGGGAACAAUGCAAUCGGAGAUUCGGGAAUGAAACUGGUGUCUGCGGCUCUGCGGAAUUCGGAGUGUAAAAUAAAGAAACUAUGCCUGAACGAUAAUGGUCUCACGCAAUCCUGCGCCGAGGAUCUCACCUCCGCUCUCGAAACAAACCGCUCAUUGGUGGAGCUGGACCUGGGUGAGAACAGGUUGCAAGAUUCAGGAGUGAAAUUACUUUUCGCGGCUUUAAGGAACCCGGCCUGCCAGAUACGUAAACUGCUAUUGCGGGACGUGGACCUCACGGCUUCUUGCGCUGAUGAACUCUCUUCCGCUCUCAGUGCGAAUCGGUCGCUGACGGAGCUUGACCUGGGUGAAAAUCGUCUGGAGGAUUGUGGAGUGAAGCUGUUGUCUGCGGCUCUGAGGAACACGUGUUGUAAAAUAAAGAAACUGCGACUGGAUCAUAAUAGGCUCACGGCUUCUUGUGCCGAGGAUCUCGCCUCCGUCCUCAGUGCAAACUAUUACCUGAAGGAGCUGGACCUCGGCUUUAAUAAACUGGGCGAUCCCGGAAUGAAAUUUCUGGCUUCGGCUCUGAAGCACCCGGACUGUAAACUACAAGCACUGGAUCUAUGGGACAUCAAUCUCACGUCUUGUUGCGCCGGCGACCUCGCCUCCGCUCUCACCGCAAACCAUUCACUGAGAGUACUGAACCUGGGUGCCAAUGAACUGGGCGAUUCAGCGGCGCAGCUGGUGACAGAGGCUCUGAAGGGGACGGAAUGCAAAAUGCGGGAUCUAUGUCUCUGGGGUGCCGGCCUCACCGAUUCCUGCACUGAGCAUCUCGCGUCCGCCCUCGGUACAGUCGACUCUCUGAAAUACCUGGACCUGGGCUCGAACGGCUUAACGGACCGAUCUGUCCCCGCUCUCCACCGCCUCAUACAGACUUCAGCGAAGCUGCAGCGAAUCAGGCUGCGAGCGAAUCAGCUCGGUUCAAGUGGGAAGAGGGAACUGGAGACGCUGGAGGAAUCCAGACCCGGACUGCGAGUAACAGUGUGAACGGACGCAGAUGUAAAGAUAACACCGCGCCGUCUAAUGGAAUGCCCGUGACCUGAGUCCAGGACCGCGUGGUGCAACAUAUCAGCUCACAGUCCUGCAAACUGCCACACCAGCCGAAAUCACCACCAGAUCCCCAUCACUUCUCUCGGAUAUUACACUGUACUGCUGCCAAAAUUAUCAUCCAUGGCACAUGUGAGUGAUGAUAAACCUGAUUCUGACACGGGUCUCUAUUGUGGACUGGGAGUGGGAAGGGGGCAGGGA